GCGUCUGAGAAGCGCUAAUCAUCUCCGAGCUGCUGAGCGACGCCGAUUUAAACAUGUGAGCGGCUGUGUGGUCGCUCAGUCACUGCCGCACCUGACAGGGAUUUACACACAGCGUAGAGCUCUGCUCCAUCCCUCUGCUGCCGUGAAGCGCUGAGAGAGAAGAUCAUGGACACCACGGACCAGGGUGCUCAGAUAGAGCCGCUGCUGCCAUCGGUGAAUUCUUCCUUUGUCUCAUCAGUUGGGCGUAGAAGUUUGAGGAACGACGAUGAGGCUGUGGUGGACAGAGGAGGAGCACGGUCCCAACAGGGAACCAACUUUGAGCAGGAAGAUCUUGAAGGCCACAGGACUCUCUACAUUGGGGUCCACGUCCCCUUGGGCAGUACCAGGCACCGCAGCCAUCGCAGGCACCGUCACCAUGGAAACAAGCACAGGAGGAAGAGCAGGGACCGGGCCCUCACCUUGGUUGAGGGUAGAGAGUCUCCUGUUUAUGACACUCCCUCGCAGAGAGUGCAGUUCCUGCUGGGCACUGAGGAUGAUGAUGAGGAGCAUAUUCCCCAUGACCUCUUCACAGAGAUGGAUGAGAUCUGUGUGAGGGAUGGAGAGGAUUCUGAGUGGAGGGAAAGUGCCAGGUGGCUGAAGUUUGAAGAGGAUGUUGAAGAUGGAGGAGAGCGAUGGAGUAAACCCUACGUAGCCACUCUUUCUCUACACAGUCUGUUUGAGCUGCGAAGCUGCAUCAUCAACAGCACUGUGCUGCUUGACAUGAGAGCCAAUACCAUUGAAGAGAUUGCAGACAUGGUCUUGGACCACCAGGAGUUAUACUCACCACUGGGGGAUGAGCUCAGACAGAAAGUGCGGGAAACACUGUUGAAGCAGCACCAUCACCAGAACCAGAAGAAGCUUGCUAACCGGCUACCAAUUGUACGCUCUUUUGCUGACAUUAGUCGUCGGACGUCGGAGCUCCACCUGGACAAGAAUGGUCAGAUGUCGUCCUCACAGUCUCAGUUAGCGGGUGCAGAUGGCAAAGGAGACAGUAGAGAGAACAGUUCAGUUGACUUCAGCAAGAUAGACCUUCAUUUCAUGAAGAAGAUCCCGGCGGGAGCUGAAGCCUGUAAUGUGUUAGUGGGAGAGCUAGAAUGUCUGAACAAGCCGGUGGUGGCGUUUGUCCGCCUUUCACCAGCGGUUCUGCUCAAUGGGCUGGCUGAAGUCCCCAUCGCCACAAGGUUUCUGUUUAUUCUCUUGGGGCCCUUGGGUAGAGCGCUUCAAUAUCAUGAGAUUGGAAGAUCCAUUGCAACACUUAUGACAGAUGAGGUUUUCCAUGAUGUUGCCUAUAAAGCUAAAGACCGGAAUGAUCUGAUCGCUGGGGUCGAUGAAUUCCUCGAUCAAGUGACAGUCCUGCCUCCAGGCGAGUGGGACCCAUCCAUACGGAUAGAGCCACCAAAAAAUGUACCAUCACAGGAGAAGAGGAAGAAAAGUAACAUUUUGCCUAACGGAUUAGUAGAGGGUGAGGAGGAGGAGGAGCACGAUGGCCAUGGUGGUCCAGAACUGGAACGCACUGGAAGGUGGUUUGGUGGUCUCAUUCUGGACAUCAAGCGAAAGGCACCCCACUACCUGUCCGACUAUACUGAUGCGUUUAGUUUGCAGUGCGUGGCCUCCUUCCUGUUCCUCUACUGUGCCUGCAUGUCCCCUGUCAUCACCUUUGGAGGACUACUGGGCGAGGCAACAGAAGGACGCAUAAGUGCAAUUGAGUCGUUGUUUGGAGCCUCGCUGACUGGAAUAGCCUAUUCCCUAUUUGCUGGGCAGCCCCUUACCAUCCUGGGCAGCACAGGGCCAGUGCUUGUAUUUGAAAAGAUAUUGUUCAAAUUCUGCAAGGAAUAUGGCUUAUCCUAUCUGUCACUGAGAGCCUGUAUUGGUCUGUGGACAGCUUUCCUCUGUAUUGUGCUGGUGGCCACAGAUGCCAGUUCCCUCGUUUGUUACAUCACGCGGUUUACAGAGGAAGCCUUCGCCUCUCUCAUCUGCAUCAUCUUUAUCUACGAAGCCUUGGAGAAACUUAUUCACUUGGGCGAACACUAUCCCUUUAACAAGAACAACAACCUGGACAAACUCAGCAUGUACUCAUGUUCAUGCGUUGAGCCUUCUGACCCCACCAAUGGCACCCUGAAGUAUUGGGAGAUCAACAACGUCACUGCCUCAGAAAUCUACUGGGAAGCGCUGGAGGUCAAGGACUGUAUUGAAAAGCGAGGCGAGUUUGUGGGCAGCGCCUGUGGCCCGGAUGGACCCUAUGUUCCUGAUGUCCUCUUCUGGUGUGUCAUUCUCUUUUUUUCUACUGUCUUCAUGUCCGCCUUCCUCAAGGAGUUCAAGUUCAGCAAUUACUUUCCCACAAAGGUGAGGUCCAUCAUCAGUGACUUUGCUGUUUUCUUCGCAAUCCUUACAAUGGUCUUAAUCGACUAUGCCUUAGGGAUUCCCUCUCCAAAGCUAAAGGUUCCCAGUGUGUUUAAGCCAACCAGAGAUGAUCGAGGUUGGUACAUCAACCCGCUGGGGCCCAACCCCUGGUGGACGGCAGUCAUAACAGUGCUCCCAGCUCUGCUUUGUACCAUCCUCAUCUUCAUGGACCAGCAAAUCACAGCCGUCAUCAUCAACAGGAAGGAGCACAAACUCAAGAAAGGCUGUGGGUACCACCUGGAUCUGUUCAUGGUGGGGGUGAUGCUUGGUGUGUGCUCUUUGAUGGGGUUGCCGUGGUUUGUAGCAGCCACCGUCCUCUCCAUCACUCACGUCAACAGCCUGAAGCUUGAGUCAGAGUGCUCAGCUCCUGGUGAGCAGCCCAAGUUCCUUGGCAUCAGAGAGCAACGCUUUACUGGCCUCAUGAUCUUCACCCUCAUGGGCAGUUCUGUCUUCAUGACAUCUGUGCUGAAGUUCAUUCCUAUGCCUGUGUUAUAUGGAGUAUUCCUUUACAUGGGAGCGUCUUCUCUCAGAGGCAUUCAGUUCUUUGACCGCCUGACACUGUUUGGUAUGCCGGCCAAGCACCAGCCAGACUUCAUCUAUCUACGACAUGUGCCCCUGAGGAAGGUGCACCUGUUCACCAUCAUCCAGCUCACCUGUUUGGUUAUGCUCUGGGUCAUCAAGACCUCCAAGGCUGCCAUUGUCUUUCCUAUGAUGGUGUUAGCUCUGGUGUUUAUCAGGAAGCUAAUGGACUGUAUCUUCAGUAAGAGAGAGCUGAGCUGGCUGGAUGACCUCAUGCCAGAGAGCAAGAAGAAGAAGCUUGAGGAUGCUGAAGAGGAGGAGGAGCAGAGUAUACUGGCAGAAGAUGAGGGAGUAGUGCAAGUGCCAUUAGAAGGGUACAAAGGAAUACCCAUUAUUAACAUCACAGAUGAAAUGUCAAAGGGUUCUUUUGGAAAUAGUUGGAAUGCCAACGGCUAAGACUUUUGAGAAAGAAUCAAGACUUCAGAACAUAAUGCUAACAGUAUACCACAACAGUCACAGUUCCCCACAAAAUGAAAGUGCAAGAUGAGAAAUGUAAGAUGAAGAAGAUGAAGGACAGUGUUGUGAGUCUUUGUCACUGUCCCUUCUGUGUGUUCGUAGACAAAUCUGCAUCAUUUGCCGCAAUUUAUGAAUCCUUCCAGUUUAGUUUUGUAAAUGUAUGUGUGUAAGUGAAUAACCGUGUUAUCUGAUGUGUCACAAAUUAUUAUUCUGCCUACCAGUGAAACCUACUUUAUAAUUUUCUCAUGUUGUUAAGGUCAAAUUGUACUUUCUAAAUCUAGAUACUUUAUUGCUACACUCAAUGUAAACUACAAAAAUGGAAAAGGUUGGUCUGUUUUCAAGUUUGUAUUUAUUUUAGUAUAUACUUUGUAUUUUGAGAUACCAUCAUAUUAACAUAUCCUUGGAUUCUUUAUCUAUUUAUAUACUGAUUCCCUAUAAUUCUCUAAUCUUCAAGUUCUCUUUAGACAUUGAAUAUAAUGUGAAAUUAAAUAUGAAGAUCUAAUAAAUAUUUUAUAAGUCUAAGGUCAUUCUUGACAAUAACCAUGUAAAAACUUUCUGAAAAGCCAUAUGUAAAUGUAUAAAAUUCUAUAACAUGCAAAAGUCUGCAAAACACAUAUUUCUGAUGUGUGUUUAUGGGACCAAUUUUAUUCCCACCUAAUGAUUGUGACUAGCAAGCCUAAAUGCUUUAAAAUACAUUUACUAAAGGACAAUAUACAUCUGUUCAGAACCAAAUACAGAAGCACUUUUCUUUUGCUAUAAUAUCAAUACUCAAAUAUUUGUAUGAGAAAUGAUUUAUCUAUAUUUAUUUUGUGGAAUAAAAUAAACAUGUUUGCUACAGAAUACCUUGUAGCCUAACACAGACUUACAGUAUUUUGCUUCCUUAUGUCAGUGUAUUGCUUAUAUUGUAAAUGUACAUUUAAAUAAUCUCAUAAUGUGUUUCAAAGAUGGUAUGAAGUUUAGUUUGUCAUAAAUUAAAAAGCUUUGUGACAAAGGAAUUUAAGCCUAAAACAUUCAAAUCCUAAUCUGAGAACUACGGUGAGGUUGUAAUAUUGGAAAAAACUUAACAAGCACAAUUUUAUUAUGUAUAUUUUGUCAGUGGUAUUAAU